AAAAAAGUGGGUGGGCAGGGGAUUUAUUCGAAUGCAUUAACUUUCAGGUUUUACCCUGGAUCAGUGCACACUUGGGUCUCUUGCAUCUCUUAAGUCUAUCUUUUCUCUACGAAGAGAACAGAAGUUCCUAGCAAUCCUUGGCGGGCUUGAUCACAAAGUUCGACACAACAAAUAUUUGCUGAGAAAUUUAAACGGCAGGUGCUGUCGGGGCUGUAAAAAUUAUCUAAACCAUAGUUUCUGCCUUUGGAGAACCUUCAGUUAUUGCAAGAGGAUCCAUUUAUCUUCAAGGUGAAAGGGCAACGUUCUAUUAAAACAGUUAGUUGAAAGAUCCUCAGUAAGAUUUAAGACAGAAAGGGAAAAGAGAUUCCCAAGAGUCUCAUCCCCUGGAACAUUGCAGAUUUGAAAGCUCUGCAUGAUCAAGCCUAAUUCUUAGCUGCUGGGUACUCUUUGCAGGCUGGCUUUUCAUCCACGCCUCCCGGAGAGCUCUGGGUCUGAAAGGCACAGCACCUGGUGGCCCUCUAACUGCCAUCUGUCAUCGGGCUUGCACUGUCACUUUCUUGAUCAAAGUUGAGUGUCUUUUCUACCUGUGCUCUACCAAAGAGGAUUCCAAAGAAAUAGAAAGCUAUGAUGUAUUCUGCCCAGCCCACGUCCCCCACACGUCCCCUGCCUCCCCAGGCACCCCUCGGCCACCUUUUUCCACCUGUUCUUCCGAGUAAGCGCCAUCGUCACCUACGUCAGCUGUGACUGGUUCAGCAGAAGCUUUGUGGGCUGCUUCGUUACUGUGCUUCUCCUCCUGUCCCUCGACUUCUGGUCUGUGAAGAACGUCACUGGAAGACUGAUGGUGGGCCUCCGCUGGUGGAACCAGAUAGACGAAGAUGGGAAAAGCCACUGGAUUUUUGAAGCCAGAAAGGUCUCUCCGAAUAGCACUGCUGCCACAGAAGCGGAAGCACGAAUCUUCUGGCUCGGCCUCAUUAUCUGCCCGAUGAUUUGGACUGUGUUCUUUUUUAGCACCUUAUUCUCCUUGAAGCUAAAGUGGCUGGCCCUCGUGAUAGCUGGCAUUUCCCUCCAAGCCGCUAACCUGUACGGCUACAUCCUUUGUAAGAUGGGAGGGGAGAAUGACAUCAGCAACAUCACAGCCAGUUUUCUGUCCCAGACAGUGUUCCAGACGGUCAUUCCACGUUGGCGUGCGUUGCCUGCUAGGCUUUCCCGAGACUGUCCGCACCGGUGUCCUCCUGUGACGUGCAGGUUGUCUCAGGACCGUGUGUCAACCCAGCGUCCAGGAGUGGAGAAGAUCAGCACGAAGAGACGUAUGACUAAAGAGACUCUGUCAGCCUGUGGGAACCGUAAGAGGGGCAGGACACAGCAGCUAACCCAGAGGCCUCCAUCUGCAGCCCAGGCUGGUUUCACGGAACUGGGGAGUGCUCUGGAUCGUUCUGACAUGUGAAUGGAAGCAGCCCCACAGGCUACGGGGACUCAAUGCAGG